CUAAAAUCGACGUUUUCCGUUUUCUUUUGUCUGGCCGUUCUGUCAUCCAUUUUUAUAUGGCGGCCUUCCGUGUCAGUGUUUUAAAAAAUUCAAAAAACAGUUCGCCUUAAUGGGCCGACGUAGUAGGUCAAAAUCUCCUUUCUCGUCUGUUGGGAGAAGACGGGAUAAAGAAAGGGACAGAGAACGGGAUCGGGAUACAAGAGACAAGGAACGACACAGUAGAAGGAAAAGGUCUAGAGAUAGGUCUAGGGAAAGGGAUAGGGAUUGGGGGGAGAGCAGGAGGAAUCGUUCCCAGGAAAGACGUCGUCUGUCACUUUCAAGAAGCAGAUCAAGGUCCCCAAGGCACAGUAGAGGUAGCCAAUUAAUACCAGAAAGGCCUGUAGUUACAGCAGCAGAUCUGGAAGGUAAAACAGAAGACGAACAAGAAAUGAUGAGAAUGAUGGGUUUUUGUUCUUUUGACACAACCAAAGGUAAAAAAGUCGAAGGUAAUGAUGCAGGUACAGUGCACGUUAUUCUCAAAAGAAAAUACAGACAGUACAUGAACCGAAAGGGCGGUUUUAAUAGACCUUUGGACUUUGUAGCGUAAUGUUUCUUCUUGACUCUGUAAUUUGAACAACCACUACUUACCUCAUUGUCAGGUUAAUAACAAGCUUGUUAUUACAAAAACUGAAACUCACUGGUUUCUGUUUUUUUGUAAUAACAGGCCAAAUGUUAGCCCAUACCAAGCAUGAAUAAUAAGCGUUUUUAUUAUUGAUGCCUCAUUUUUAUACCUCACUUAUAAACGUUCAGGUUUCCACAUAUUGUUAAAAAUUUCUGUGAAUAUAAGACUUAAGUCGACACGGGUUGUUCAGUUAUUAUAUUUUUUUCACAAUUUUAUUUAUAUUAUAUUAGAUUAGUUAUUAGGUUAUGAACUUGUUAACACAGAAUUGCUAUGGGAUUAUUGGAUUAUCAAAAUUGUAUUGUUUGAAAGCACAGUGAAUAUCAGAAACUCAACUUGAAUAUUAUACUGUAGCAAUUCUAAAGUGAUUUAGUUAAAAUUAACGAUGAAUGUACGUCUGAUUUUUAUAAAUAAUGCGAAAUAUAGAAGUAUUGUUUUUAA